AUGCUCUUCCACUCCUCAAUGACGGCGUCGCGGAGCUGGCGGAUAUUUGAGACUCUGCGCACCUCCACCUUCUGCUUGAGGAUGGCUCAAAGAUUUUCAUACGUCAUUCUAUCUAUCUAUCUAUCUAUCUAUCUAUCUAUCUAUCUAUCUAAGUCUUUUCAUAUCUAUCUAUCUAUCUAUCUAUCUAUCUAUCUAUCUAUCUAUCUAUCUAUCUAUCUAUCUAAGUCUAUUCAUAUCUAUCAAUCUAUGUAUCUUAAUCUAUUCAUAUCUAUCUAUCUAUCUAUCUAUCUAUCUAUCUAUCUAUCUUAUCUAUUCAUCUAUCUAUCUAUCUAUCGAUCGAUCGAUCUAAGUCUUUUCAUAUCUAUCUAUCGAUCGAUCGAUCUAAGUCUUUUCAUAUCUAUCUAUCUAUCUAUCUAUCUAUCUAUCUAUCUAUCUAUCUAUCUUAGUCUAUUCAUAUCUAUCUAUCUAUCUAUCUAUCUAUCUAUCUAUCUAUCUAUCUAUCUUAGUCUAUUCAUAUCUAUCUAUCAAUCUAAACUGCGUCUAGAGAUUAUACGCAAAAGAGGUAUUGUCAAAUAUUUUAUUCUAUUCAUAUCUAUCUAUCUAUCUAUCUAUCUAUCUAUCUAUCUAUCUAUCUAUCUAUCUAUCUUAUGUAUUCAUAUCUAUCUAUCUAUCUAUCUUAGUCUAUACAUAUCUAUCUAUCUAUCUAUCUAUCUAUCUAUCUAUCUAUCUAUCUUAUCCAUUCAUAUCUAUCUAUCUAUCUAUCGAUCUAUCUAUCUAUCUAUCUUAGUCUAUUCAUAUCUAUCUAUCUAUCUAUCUAUCUAUCUAUCUAUCUAUCUAUCUAUCUAUCUAUCUAAGUCUUUUCAUAUGUAUCUAUUUAUCUAUCUUAGUCAAUUCAUAUCUAUCAAUCUAUCUAAGUCUUUUCAUAUCUAUCUAUCUAUCUAUCUAUCUAUCUGGCUUACGCUCUCUAUCUCAGUCUAUUCAUAUCUAUUCAGCUAUCUAGCUAGCUUUAUCUAUCUAUCUAUCUAUCUAUCUAUCUAUCUAUCUAUCUAUCUAUCUAUCUAUCUUAUCUUUUCAUUAUCUAUCUAUCUAUCUAUCUAUCUAUCUCUCUCUCUAUCUAUCUAUCUAUCUAUCUAUCUAUCUAUCUAUCUAUCUAUCUUAGUCAAUUCAUAUCUAUCUAUCUUUCUUAGUCCAUUCAUAUCUAUCUAUCGAUCGAUCGAUCGAUCUAAGUCUUUUCAUAUCUAUCUAUCUAUCUAUCUUAGUCAAUUCAUAUCUAUCUAUCUAUCUUUCUUAGUCCAUUCAUGUCUAUCUAUCGAUCGAUCGAUCGAUCUAAGUCUUUUCAUAUCUAUCUAUCUAUCUAUCUAUCUAUCUAUCUAUCUAAGACCUAAUAUGUAUGUAUGUAUGUAUGUAUCUAUCUAUCUAUCUAUCUAUCUCUCUAUCUAUCUAUCUAUCUCUCUAUCUAUCUAUCUAUCUAUCUAUCUUAGUCAAUUCAUAUCUAUCUAUCUAUAUUUCUUAUCUUUUCAUAUCUAUCUAUCUAUCUUAGUCAAUUCAUAUCUAUCUAUCUAUCUAUCUAUCUAUCUAUCUAUCUAUCUAUCUGUCCUAGUGUAUUCAUAUCUAUCUAUCUAUCUAUCUAUCUAUCUAUCUAUCUAUCUAUCUAUCUAUCUAUCUAAGUCAAUUCAUAUCUAUCUAUCUAUCUGGCUUACGGCCGCCGCAAAAAUGAAUCUAUCUAUCUAUCUAUCUAUCUAUCUAUCUAUCUAUAUCUAUCUAUCUAUCUAUCUAUCUCUCUCUCUCUCUCUCUCUCUCUCUCUCUCUAUAUAUAUAUAUAUAUAUAUAUAUAUAUAUAUAUAUAUAACUAUUAAUGGUGUAUUUAUGUAUGUAUCUAUCUAUCUCAGUCUAUUCAUAUCUAUCUAUCUAUCUAUCUAUCUAUCUAUCUAUCUUAGACUAUUAAUGGUGUAUUUAUGUAUGUAUCUAUCUAUCUCAGUCUAUUCAUAUCUAUCUAUCUAUCUAUCUAUCUAUCUAUCUAUCUAUCUUAGACUAUUAAUGGUGUAUUUAUGUAUGUAUCUAUCUAUCUCAGUCUAUUCAUAUCUAUCUAUCUAUCUAUCUAUCUAUCUAUCUAUCUAUCUAUAUAUCUAUCUUAGACUAUUAAUGAUGUAUUUAUGUAUGUAUCUAUCUUUCUCAGUCUAUUCAUAUCUAUCUAUCUAUCUAUCUAUCUAUCUAUCUAUCUAUCUAUCUUAG